UGACUGCUGUUGUCAGUGCCAUGGCUACGGAGGGGAGAAUACACGUGCGAGGUGUUGGGUAUGUGAUGGCAUUGUCCUUGCUUGCUUGUCGCUGCGCAGUGGGAUUUGUGGCACUGCCCUCCACCGCUGUGAGACCAAUGCGACAGCCUAAUGACUGCGACGAACGGUCGUCGAAGUUCCAACCGCUACCUCAGGUCCGGACGCACCGCGCACGGCAGCGGACGAACAAUCCAGCGGCAAGAACAACGCUCUUGCGGCAUCGGUGUCGCCAACACGACUUGCAACACCACCAACGCUGUGUACCGGCGGCGGCUUUGCGAACGGCGGCCUUCUCCGGGUGGCCGACCACCGACCGGCGAAAUCGCAACAGCAACGCGAAGAAGGUUGCCGGAGUUUUGUCGACGGCUGAAGGCCGACUUUGUCGCCUCUUUGCCGCCGCCGACCCUUCGUCGGCAGCGGAGCCGGCAGAAGAAGGAGACGCCUCCACCCCUGAAACCCCGCUCCCGCCGGCCGCAGCAGCCGUCAGCAGCGACGCGAACCGGAAGAGCGUAAGCCUGGGUGAAUCGGAUGCGGCCACUAGCCAAACGGGCGGCGAGGCGGGAGCAGCGGCGGCGGCGGCGGCGGCGAUAGUGUCUAUAGAGGAUAAGGGUACGGGCGGGGGGCGGGGCAGAGGGAAGGGGGUGGCUGUCACGGAGGGAAAGAGAAAACAAGCCGCUGGGCCUCCGGCAUGGGCUCCGCGCUGGGCGGUGGACAUGCACCCGGCGGGGCAGGCGGCCGUGAGCAUCGGGCUGUAUUUUUUUCACAUGGCAAGAAGGCGUUGUGUGCGGGCGACACGCGUGUAUCGAUUGGGCGCGUUGGGAGAGUUGCCGUCUGGCAAGCGGCUGCACCUUUCCAAGUCCGGUCUCACCUUCCCGAUCCAGCUCAUCCCGAACAACCACGGGCUCUUCCAUUCGGUGGGUUUGGACACAGCGGCGGGAUUCGCGGUUCUCGGGGUAGCGGCCUGGUCACGCGUGAGGUCGGGGCUGCCGUUGUUUCCUCCCCUUGGCGGCAGAGGCGUCGAAGGGAAAGAGAAAGGGAGGGGUAAAGCGGGAGCGAAGAGUGGCACCCGGGGGAGGGUGAAGAUCCCCUGGAAGCUAGAGGGGGCCCGGGUGAAGAAGAAGCUCCCUCUGACGUUUACGGUGCUAAUAUUUGCCUAUUUUCUGUCGGGGCUCGGGUCAACGGUCUGCGAGUACCUGCUGUAUGGUCUCAGCUACCUGGGGGUUGGGAUGAGCGUGGCCAUGCACAGGUCACUGCAGGUGCUUUUGAGUCACCUGGUGUGGGUUUACAUGGGCGUUAGGAUCCUGAGCAUGGCGGUGAGGUCGUUCUUCGACACGGAAAAGGCGAGUGUUGCUGCCGCGAUCUGCAUGAUCCCAUCUGAGCUGAUGCGCACGUGCCGCCGUUUCACGAGUGUGCUGUGGGUUGUCGGAGGCUACUUUGUGUCUUCGUCGUUGUUCAACAUGGCCGACCUCGCGAAUCAGUUCCUGUGCCCUCUGCCGCCAGACACGGAGUCGGUGGUUGUGAAGAUCAUCAACCCUGAGAAUAACGAUAUCGCGGCGAUGGCCGUGGGCUCGAUUGCGCCGUGUAUGACGGCGCCCUGGUGGGAGGAAGUGCUCUAUCGCGGGUGA